UGUAUAUGAAAAUUUAGGUAACGUCUUGAUAUUUUAUCCCUUCAACAUAAAGAUGGCGAAAAACUUACUGUAAGCACCUAUUUCUGCUGGCUCAACGAGCGUGUCCUGCUGCUCCGUUUAGCUGAAUAACACAACAGUGGAUCAUCUUAGUUUAAGUGCAGAGGUGCUGAAGGUAGAAAUCAACGUAACAUAAACUUAAAAUAAGUAGUGGAGAGGAUGAGUGGCAAUAGCCUUAAGAGCGUGUUGGCUGGAGCGGUCAUAACAGGGGUGAAUGAAGCUAGGGCAAGGAUCUUUAGACAUUUACUUAACCCAACAGGACGAAGAUCUCCCCACAAGAUUUUACGCAAGAAGCUCAUUGGUGACAAAAUUUCACAGCGGUACCCAUAUGAUAUAAAAAAGGAUGACCCACUUGUGAUGGCCCGUCAAGAACAAGAGCGAUUAUCCAAGCUUGAAAUGUUCAAGCGGCGUGGCAAGGGACCACCCACGAAGGGCCAAGGGAAGCGUGCUGCAAAACGUAAUAAGUAGAGAUACUGCCAACACGUGCAUUUUGAAUUUGAAUGUUAAGGAAAUGUUUCUUCACGGCAGAUGAUCACCGAACACAUCGUAGAAGUUAUAAAUUUUGAUCUCAUUCUGGAAUUUGGGAAAAGCAAACAGUUUUCUUUGAGCA